GAUUGCAUUCCGUAUCUAAACUUGGCUCAAGCCGUUUUUGGCUCAGCAUUUGGCAUUUGGGCCACGAUUUGUUUUGCGAUUCGGAGGCAGCCCAGCGGCGACCAGUUGGAGCGAAGCACCCUGCGCAACGCUGCAGCAUGGCCACUCCAGGCACCGCAGGGAUGCCGAGUUUUGCGGGCGACGGUCUCCCUCUUGUCAGCGAGCAGCGACCGAGGCCAGCGUUGGCAUGGGCGGAGGCAUCCGGCGUGGCGCCCGCACCGAGGCAGCCCUCGACUCUCGGGCUGACCCGCGGGCGCCCCUUCGGAGUGGGCCGCGGCGGGGCCGUGUCGGGCCCUGGCCCUGGCGGCCUCGGCCCCGAGCAGAUCCGCAGGCCCCGUGCGCUCCAGCCUCCUCCGAGUUCGGCACCUGCGACUCUCGAAGACCUUCCCUAUAUGAGGCGUUUCGCAGGCCUAGAGGUUGACACCAACAGCAAGAUCGGCGGUGUGCCUCAACCGAGGGAAGACGAUCCCGAUCUCGGUGAUGGUGGUAAUGCUUUGGCUUGAAAGGUGACCGAAGUAUUACCACCAACACCGAAAUCUAGGAUCAUCUUCCCCAUGUGGAGGCAACCCCCUGUGCUGGUGUCGGUGCCAAUUUCCAGGCCUCCAAGAGUUGGCCGCCGCGCCAUGGGGUGGCGGUAAAUUGGGGGGCAGCGAGGGCUGCAGAAAAGGGGCCUUUGAAGAAGGUUUCUGCAGGGCCCUAUAGGAGGCCCUUUCGGGCCCCAGAGGGGGGGCUUUCAGAGCCCGCAGGGUACACCUUUCUUCCCCCCCUAUCAUCGCCUUCCCAUUACGCGACGCCCAAAGGAGGCUGGACAUGCGGAUCCCCGAGCCUCGCAUGGGCAGCCCCACGUCACGCCGGCUCGUGGCUGGUGCCUUCGCGGCGCCCGAGUUGUUGCCGGGAGAGGAGCUGGCCAGCGGCGGGGCAGUUGGCAACCUGUCGAGCGACAUCGAGUCCACCUCCGUCCUCUCCGAGGAGUCCUCGAUGCUUUCCAAGGACUGCCUUGGGCUCCACGGGACCAGUGAGAUGGCCGGUGAGGCUGAGCGGCCCCCCUGCACCUUGCUUGGGCACAAACCUCUCAGCGGCGAUCCGUGCCGACGAGAUGAGGACCGCAAGGGUGAUCUGCCGAGUCUUGGCCAGAGCAUCUCCCGCAGGCCGUCCGUCUUCGACGUGCGUGAGAGGAUCCCGUGCUCUCCGGGCCCCAGCCGGUUCGGCCGCGAGCCAGCCAGGCCCACGCGCCCCGGAGAGGGAGCGCCCGGCCAGGCUUGCCCCGCCACGGCAUGAGGUCGAUGUCGGCGAGGGGGGGAAGGCGCCUUGCCUCCAGCAGCUGGGGCUUUUUUUUUUGUCCGGCGCAGACGGGGCCAGACGAAGACACCACACGGCGACGAGCGACACGGCGAGUUGCCAAGGGGCGAGUGGCCUUAAACGGGGUGGUGCAUACGGCUGGGCGAGGGUAUUGCAAAUUUCCUUCCAGACAUGAGACCCAUGGGACUGGAACGCGACCUUCAAGUUCGAGCUGGACUUGAAGAGUUCUGCCGCGUUUUUUAGCAUAUCGAUGGUGCGCACUAAGGGAUGCAUCCUGCUUGUCACGCCUUCAGGAGGGGUUUUCUGUGGGCGUCAAACCAUCGCCAGCAGCAGCUUUGUCGUCGUUCUACACGACGGUCGAAUUCGAUCCGGCAGUUGAAGGUGUGAUUUUAUAGCAAAUCUCAUUUAAGGGAUUCCGUCGCGAGGUGCACAGAUGAUCCUUCGUGCAGCUUCCGUAGACGUGCUUUCCCAUGCCCGCCCUGUUUAGGAUUGCCCCAGUCCGGUUUUCUUGCUUGCUAAUCGUUCUCCUCCGCUGCUGCGUUGCGUGAGGCUCGCGGCUCGCGGCUCGCGGAGGAUUUUCCGGCAGGGCUCCGAAACGUCCAGUCGUGACUUCGGGAGCGUCGUGGACAGCGUUGCUUCCAAGAGGUCCUCGUCUGGACUGCGGAUGGAUUUCCUUCUGAGAUGUAUCUUCGAGGAAGUCCUUGUGGACCUUACAGCUUUGAUCGUCCGACGGGAAGCCUGAUGGGGGCUGGGGUAGGGCACGAAUCAAACGUCCUUGGUGACCCCCAACCAGGUCUCCGCCUGCUAGGAUUUCACGUCCAGCAGGCGUGUUGACUCUGGCAGAGAGGGCGUCGGAGGGGCUUUUGUUCAUCAUCAGCAGCAGCAUCAUCAUCAUCGCCAGCAGCAGCUGUGUCGUCGUUGUACACGACGGUCGAAUUCGAUCCUGACUCAAUUAGCCCGUUUGAAGUUCACUCUCGCCGCCACUUGGAGGUGUAAUCUUUUUCGGGCCCGCCCAUGCCCCUCUAUCCAUCUAUCCAGGAUCGCCCCGCUCGCGGUCCGCUUCUUAGGUCCUGGUGGAUCUCAUAGCUUCGAGCGAUUCCACAGUGGAGUGGAGCCGCAGCACCUUUCACACCUCCUCGGUUGACGGGAAGCUUGAUUCCGAUUGGGGUAGGGGAUACCAGAACCUUCCUAGGCCUCCUCUUCUGCAUGUCUCCGCCAGCCAGGGUCUCACUUUCCGCAAGCGUGUUGAUUGUGACAGAGAGGGCGUCGAGCUCAAAAAGUGUCGUGUUCGAUCAUACCUCGCGUAGCCCGCCUGAAGUGCACGCUCGCCCGCACCUGAAGGUCUGACCUUAUAGUGGGCUUUCUUGGACGCGGAUGUUGUCGCGAGGUGCGCGGAGCGCACUUGACAGCGUUGCUUCCAAGAGGUCUUCGUCUGAAUGGCAGGGUUUCCUUCCAAGUGGUUCCUUCAAGUCAUCGCA